GCUUGCGGCUGCAUUUUUUUUUCUCUUUCGGCAGCACCAGAUUCAGAGACCAUAACACUGUACCAACCCUAGCAAAAGUUAAGGUAUUUUUUGGUGAUAUUUUUGUGUGGUGGUGUUUAUCUUGACAAUGGAUUCUGCGUUGGACAUGCUUUUUGAUUUGUUAGAGAAGGUUCUUUAUGGAGAAAUUGAGCAUGAUGAAGGAGUUUGUUUGAUUUUUGAUCAAGUGUAUGAACUUAUUAUGAAGCUCAAGUCGAUCCACAAUUUUAAAGGUCAAAUUGAUAAUGAUACGCUCGACGUAGAAAUUUUUUGCUCGGUACAGGAUUUGGUUCAUGGACCUCCAAUUGUGCCAUGUCAAAUUCCUUUAGAAUUGCAAGUUUUAAGAGCACGCAUUAUGGGUAUUAUACGGAAAGUAACAGGCGCUCCACUUUCUCCACCAAGGUUGCCCCCAAAAUGUGACGGGUCCGAACCCUUCCAGUGGUUAGUCAAGCUAUGUGAGUAUUUUGAGUUUUAUGAGAUCCCUUUAGCUGAUCGUUUGCACCGUGUGACAUCAAUGUUAGAAGGCUCUGCCUUGUCUUGGUUUAAUUGGCGCAUGCGUGGUGGCUUAAUUGAUGGUUGGGAGGAUUUUGUUGAAAAGUUCAAGAUUCGAUUUGCUCCGUUACAUGCUUUGGAUUAUAUUUCUUUGGCGAAGACAUCAGAAAAGGCGAGAGACACUGUUGUCCACAUGAAGAAAGAUCUCGUGGCAUUCUCCGACCUAACUGUGGAGGACAUAGAUGCGUCAAAAGGAUCAAGUACGAGUUCUCCUAUCAAAGACUCAAGUGCCAGGUCUCAUAUCAAAGAGGGCAAUUAUAACGGGCCUAGCAUCGUUGGCGAUGAUGGUGGUGCUCUUGAUGACGAUUAUGGGUAUGAUGUUCUAGCAAGUGUCGAGAAGGUGGCAAAUGCAGAUAAGAAGCAAGUGGACAACUUCAUUUCAUUUGAUGACACCAUUAAAUUGUUUGACCUUAUCGAUGUGGUCAAGACAGAGCACCUGGUUUCACCGAUAGGAACUACAUAUGCUAUGCGCCCCGUCUCAUUCUUCCACUACUUUUCUGCAAGAGCCAAGCUGGUUCAAGAUUCAAAGAGUGGAAUACCCCUUUGGUUCAGCAUUCUGUCUCCGGUCUUAAAGCACGAGUGGGAGCCUCCACCUUGAGGACAAGGUGGUUUUUAAGGGAGUGGGAA